AAACCAUUGUCCGGAGACAGAGAGAGAGAGAGAGAGUUUGCCGUGUCGGUUUUCUUCCCGCCAUUGAAACGAGUCGGCUCUAAUUACUCGGUACGACUCAGUGGGAGGACACGAGAGCUGAAUGAUUAGUGCAAAGGUCUCUCCUUUUUAGCACCAAGCUCCAUCAAAAACCAAUCACAGAAGCUUACGGAAUGGCUGCUGUCCGUACUGUUCAUGCUCCUCAGCUUCUGGUUCCGAGCCCAUCCACCGAGCGGUCUCCCUUACUACUACGUCUAAAACCCGCAUCCGCUUUUCCCUCGCCUUCGCCGCUUUCGCUGCGUCCAUUCAGAAUCAGACGGCGACGUUUUGCUCGGACGCCUGUCGCUGCUUCUGUAAAGGAGAACUGGUGUCGUCUGACUAAGGCUUGGAAUGAUUUAACGAGCUUAAAUCACUGGGUCGUGAAGGAUUAUUAUCGGCUUGUGGACUCGGUGAACUCGAUCGAGCCUCGGGUGCAGAGACUUUCUGAUGAGCAGUUGGCCGCAAAAACAUUGGAGUUCAGACGAAGGUUGAGACAGGGGGAAACACUUGCUGAUAUUGAAAGCGAGGCAUUUGCUGUUGUUCGUGAAGCUGCCAAAAGGAAGCUUGGCAUGCGGCAUUUUGAUGUUCAGAUUAUUGGUGGGGCAGUGCUUCAUGAUGGGUCUAUUGCUGAGAUGAAAACAGGCGAGGGGAAGACAUUAGUUUCGACUCUUGCAGCCUAUCUUAAUGCUCUUACAGGUGAAGGUGUACACGUGGUAACUGUGAAUGAUUACCUAGCUCAACGUGAUGCUGAGUGGAUGGGCCGUGUUCAUCGUUUUUUGGGCCUUUCAGUAGGUUUAAUUCAGAGAGGAAUGAAACCUGAAGAGAGGAGAUACAAUUAUCAACGUGAUAUAACAUAUACCAACAAUUCAGAACUUGGUUUUGAUUAUUUACGAGAUAACCUUGCCAGAAAUAGUGGGCAACUUGUUAUGAGAUGGCCAAAGCCAUUCCAUUUUGCGAUAGUAGAUGAAGUCGAUUCUGUUCUCAUUGACGAAGGAAGAAAUCCUCUGUUAAUAAGUGGCGAGGCUAGUGAAGAUGCUGCACGAUACCCAGUUGCCGCUAAGGUAGCUGAGCUACUUAUACGGGGAAUUCAUUAUAAUGUGGAGCUUAAAGAUAAUUCAGUGGAGCUGACAGAAGAAGGAAUUGCACUUGCAGAAUGCGCUCUCCAGACGAAGGACCUGUGGGAUGAGAAGGACCCCUGGGCUAGAUUUGUGAUGAAUGCUUUGAAGGCUAAAGAGUUUUAUCGGCGCGAUGUUCAAUAUAUAGUUCGAAAUGGGAAGGCUCUAAUAAUCAAUGAGCUGACUGGAAGAGUUGAAGAGAAGAGGAGAUGGUCUGAUGGCAUUCAUCAGGCUGUAGAGGCUAAAGAAGGCCUAAAAAUUCAGGCUGAUUCAGUUGUUGUGGCGCAAAUUACAUAUCAAUCAUUAUUUAAGCUCUACCCCAAGCUGUCUGGAAUGACUGGAACGGCGAAAACAGAAGAGAAAGAAUUUCUGAAAAUGUUUCAGACGCCAGUCAUUGAAGUUCCAACAAAUCUACCAAAUAUUCGCAAGGAUCUACCAAUCCAAGCUUUUGCUACCGCUCGGGGAAAGUGGGAGUAUGUUCGUCAAGAGGUGGAAUACAUGUUUAGGCAAGGUCGCCCUGUUCUGGUAGGCACAACCAGCGUCGAGAAUUCCGAACAUUUGUCUGACUUGCUGAAAGACUGGAAAAUUCCUCAUAAUGUCUUGAAUGCAAGGCCCAAGUAUGCAGCUAGGGAGGCUGAGAUUGUGGGGCAAGCUGGGCGAAAGUUUGCUGUUACUAUCUCUACAAAUAUGGCUGGCAGGGGCACUGACAUAAUCCUAGGAGGAAACCCAAAAAUGCUUGCUAGAGAAAUUAUAGAGGAUAGUUUGCUUUCUUUUCUGACACAAGAAUUACCGGAUUUCGAAGCUGAUGGUGAGAGGAUAUCAGAGAAGGUUUCAAAGAUAAAGGUCGGACCCUCAUCAUUGGCAUUACUAGCAAAGGCAGCCUUAAUGGCCAAAUAUGUGCGGAAAAGUGAGGGCAAGUACUGGACAUAUAAAGAGGCGAAGACCAUUGUCUUGGAGUCCGUGGAGAUGAGCCAGUCACUUGAUCAGAAGGAGCUAGAGAAGCUUGCCAAUGAAGAAGCCGAGACUUACCCACUUGGCCCAACUGUAGCAUUGGCUUAUAUAUCAGUACUGAAGGACUGUGAAGUGCACUGUUUCAAUGAGGGGUGUGAAGUUAAGAGGCUUGGAGGACUUCAUGUCAUUGGGACAUCUCUGCAUGAGUCCCGCAGAAUAGAUAACCAGCUUCGUGGCAGAGCAGGGAGGCAAGGGGAUCCUGGGUCAACUCGAUUUAUGGUCAGCUUGCAGGAUGAAAUGUUUCAAAAGUUCAAUUUCGACACCGAAUGGGCUGUCAGACUAAUAUCAAGAAUUACCAAUGAUGAGACCAUACCAAUUGAAGGUGAUGCCAUUGUGAAACAGCUCCUGUCUUUGCAAGUUAAUGCAGAGAAGUACUUCUUCAGCGUAAGAAAGAGCUUGGUUGAAUUUGAUGAAGUAUUGGAGGUGCAAAGAAAGCAUGUCUACAACCUUCGGCAAUUAAUGCUAAUGGGCGAUAGUGAAAGUUGUUCCCAGCACAUAUUUCUGUACAUGCAAGCAGUGGUAGAUGAAAUAGUCAUUGGAAACGCUAAUCCAGUGAAGCACCCAAGUACGUGGAUCUUGGGUAAGCUCUUGAAGGAAUUUGUUGCAAUAACUGGAGAGUUGUUGGAUGGAUCAUUUGCUGAGAUUAGUGAGGAUGUUUUACUGAACUCACUUCUUGAACUCCAAGAGCUCAGCUCAAUAGAUAUCAAUAACUUCUGCCUUCCAAAUUUGCCAAAACCUCCGAAUACUUUCAGAGGUAUUCAUAGGAAGAGUUCUUCAUUGAAACGGUGGUUGGCCAUUUCCUCGGACGAUUUGACCAAGAAUGGAAAGUAUAGGUCCAUGACUAACUUACUCAGGAAGUACCUUGGGGAUUAUCUUAUCGCGUCAUACUUGGCUGUUAUCCAAGAAUCAGGACACGAUGAUGCCUAUGUUAAAGAAAUUGAGAGGGUAGUUCUUGUGGAGACUCUCGACUGUUUCUGGAGGGACCAUCUUGUGAACAUGAACAGGCUUAGUUCUGCGGUGAAUGUAAGGAGUUUUGGGCAUAGGAAUCCUCUCGAAGAGUACAAAAUCGACGGUUGCAGAUUCUUCAUCUCGAUGCUUAGCGCAACUCGAAGGCUUACUGUAGAAUCACUCACGCGGUAUUGGUCAUCUCCAGUGGAGGCAGAGGAGAUUUAUGUUUCAUAACACUGGAUUUUUUUGUCCCAGGCAUAAUUCAUCCCAAGAGAUGGAAAGUUUUGCCUUUGAUGAGAGUGUGUAGCAACUUUUGUUGGCGCGUGCUUUUGAAGAACCGAAUACAGAUAUUUCUCAUGGAAAUGCAUUAGCAGAACAUGUUCUUGCAGAAAGUGAGUCGAUCAAUCACAUCUUUAGGAGCCAGAAGAUUUGGACCUUAACCCGUUCUCAGGUUCAAAGGAAUGUAUAUCCAAAACCUCCUGUACAUGGUUGAACCUGAUUGUUGAAUAUUUUCGCCAUUAGAAAAAAUUUACCCGACAGCUCUUUCAUCACUCAGAUUUUACCUGAAACCUGAAAACUGGUGGGUUACCCAUGUAUUUCAACUAUAUCAACUAUAUAAUUCGAUGCAGGAGUAACUGAGGGAA